AUCUAUCUUCUCAUUAUCGGUUGAACAAGAUGAAAUGGGCGCGUUGAAAGUCAUCCAAUUGACCACAAUGUUGAAGCCGUCUCUCUUCGCGACUGAGAGCUUCAUCAAUUCCUCUCCGGAAUAAUUGCAUAGCGUUUGAGGCUGAUGUUUAUAAAUGGAAAGUGAAUUUGUAGGUCAGCUUUUGCGAGCGUAUAGAUUCUUUGCUGGGGAUUGAAAUCUUCUGCAAUGUUAAAACCUAAAGCCAUUGAUUGUCCAAGUAUAUGUUAUCGACCAAUCAAACCCUCAGACCGUGAAGUUUUGGAGCAAAUCCAUGGUAAUUUGUUUCCCAUCAGGUAUGAGUCGGAGUUUUUCCAUAAUGUUGUAAAUGGACGUGAAAUUGUGUCCUGGGCGGCGGUGGAUCGUAAUAGACCAGAUGGCAGAAGUGAUGAGCUUAUUGGAUUUGUGACUGCGCGAAUUGUUCUAGCAAAAGACAGUGAGAUAUGUGAUUUACUUCAGCAUAAUUCAUCAAGCACGGAUCAAACUCUAGUAUACAUUCUUACACUGGGGGUAGUGGAAGCCUACAGAAACCUUGGAAUAGCUAGUUCACUUGUUCGAAAGGUAGUUAAAUAUGCCUCAGGCAUGCGAACUUGCCGAGGAGUUUAUUUGCAUGUAAUUUCAUACAAUAGUACUGCUAUCAAUUUCUAUACUAAAAUGUCAUUCAAGUGCCUACAAAGACUCCCGAGCUUUUACUUUAUCAAUGGCCAGCGUUAUGAUUCAUACCUGUUCGUCUACUAUGUGAAUGGCGGUCGAUCUCCAUGCUCUCUGUUAGAGAUAGUCAGUUUCAUGGUGAGUUAUAUAAGGGAUGGUAUCAAGUGUGUAAGUUCAAGGCUGAGGAAGAAUGAAAAAAGGAAGGUGUCGAAAUGGCCGAAAUGUAAAGAAUCUCAUAGCCUUAUAUCCAUGGCGCCGAGCAAGGGGACUGUGGCAGUUGAGAGCAGUGGAUAUGAAUGUGUUUGACUCGAUUGUGAUGUUUAAACCGUAUAUGAUAAUAUGAUAGCCUUAUAUCCAUGGCGCCGAGCAAGGGGACUGUGGCAGUUGAGAGCAGUGGAUAUGAAUGUGUUUGACUCGAUUCUGAUGUUUAAACCGUAUAUGAUAAUAUGAUGAUGAUAUGAUGAUAUGAUUGAUAAUAUUCUAUCCUCGAUGUAAUGAGCUUUGGUGGUGUUUUAACGAAAGUGAGGGUUUUGUAUUCUUAA